AUGUCGGCUUCAAUUUCACUCCCCCUUUCCACCGCCCGAUCAUUCCACCACCACCAACAACAAAAAAUACCCUCCAGGAUUCUGACGCCCCUCAAUCUCCAGUUCCCGUUUUCAACCCAAUUCAUCACCUUCAAUGGUGGCCGUUUCGUCCCACCCAGAGCCACUAAUGAUAAACCCACUCAACUCACUGAAUCCCCAACGCCUUCGACUCCAAUUUCCACCACUACCAUUACUGUCGAAAAUGACGACAGUUUGGAGUCGACCCUUUUCGUGAUUAAAGCCCGAAACAAAAUUGGGCUUUUACAAGUGAUUACCAGGGUCUUCAAAGUUCUAGGACUGAAAAUAGAGAAGGCCAGUGUUGAAUUUGAGGGAGAUUUCUUUGUUAAGAGUUUCUUUGUCACUGACUCUGAGGGGAAUAAGAUUGAUAACAUUGAGGAUUUGGAUAGGAUUAAGAAGGCAUUGGUUGAUGCCAUUGAUGGUGAUAAGGGUGGUGAUACUACUGGUGGAGUUGGGUUGGUCAGUGGAAGAGGGGUGGUUGUGAGGAAAGCUGGACUGGGAAUGGACUUUGGGCAGAGGAAAGCCAAAGCCGAGAAAAUGUUCGGCUUGAUGGACGUUUUUCUGAAAAAUGAUUCAGUUAGUUUGCAGAAAGAUAUUCUUGAUCACGUCGAAUAUACCGUGGCAAGGUCGAGAUUUAGUUUUGAUGAUUUUGAGGCUUAUCAGGCUUUAUCACACAGUAUCAGGGAUCGACUGAUAGAACGGUGGCAUGACACUCACUUAUAUGUUAAGAAACAGGAUCCGAAGCGAGUUUACUUUCUUUCCUUGGAGUUCCUUAUGGGUCGAUCAAUGACAAAUAGCGUCAUAAAUCUUGGCAUCCGGGACCAAUAUGCUGAUGCUUUAAAUCAGCUUGGGUUUGAAUUUGAAGUUUUGGCAGAGCAGGAAGGAGAUGCAGCUUUAGGCAAUGGUGGUCUAGCUCGCCUUUCAGCUUGUCUAAUGGAUUCUUUGGCAACUUUGGACUAUCCAGCGUGGGGUUACGGGUUACGCUAUCAAUAUGGUUUAUUUCGCCAGAUCAUAUUGGAUGGUUUCCAGCUGGAACAACCAGAUUAUUGGUUGAACUUUGGAAACCCCUGGGAGAUAGAAAGGGUUCAUGUAUCGUAUUCUGUCAAGUUCUAUGGGACAGUUGAAGAGGAAGAUUUGGAUGGAGAGAGAACCAAAGUUUGGAUACCUGGAGAAACAGUGGAGGCUGUUGCUUAUGAUAAUCCUAUACCUGGUUAUGGAACACGGAGUGCAUUAAACCUUCGAUUGUGGGCUGCCAAACCAAGUGAUAAAUAUGACAUGGAGUCGUAUAACACUGGUGAUUACAUCAAUGCCAUUAUGAAUCGACAAAAGGCUGAAACAAUAAGCAAUGUCCUGUAUCCAGAUGACCGUUCUUACCAGGGAAAGGAAUUGCGAUUGAAGCAACAAUAUUUCUUUGUCUCAGCAUCCCUACAAGACAUUAUUCGAAGGUUUAAAGAUAACCACCAAAAUUUUGAUGAGUUACCUGAUAAGGUUGCUCUUCAGAUAAACGAUACUCAUCCAGCUCUUGCGAUAGUUGAGUUAAUGAGAAUGCUGCUGGACGAAGAACAUUUGGAUUGGAAUAGAGCAUUUGAAAUAACUUGCAAAAUUUUCUCCUUUACAACUCACACAGUGGAGCCUGGAGGAUUGGAAAAAGUUCCUGUUGAUCUUUUGGGACAUCUUCUUCCACGGCAUCUACAAAUCAUAUAUGAGAUAAACUAUAAGUUCAUGGAAGAGUUGAAAAAGAUUAUUGGUCAAGAUUAUGAUAGACUUUCUCGGAUGUCUAUUAUUGAGGAAGGUGCUGUCAAGAACGUCCGAGUUGCAAACUUGUCAAUUGUUUGUUCUCACACUGUGAAUGGAGUUUCCAAAGUACAUCUUCAGCUACUUAAAGAAAGGGUUUUUAAGGAUUUUUGUGAGUUGUGGCCUCAGAAAUUCCAUUACAAGACAAAUGGAGUGACACAGCGCCGCUGGGUGGUGGUGAGCAAUCCAAAUUUGUGUUCACUUAUCUCAAAAUGGCUGGGAACAGAAUCCUGGAUCAGGAAUGUUGACCUUUUGGGUGGUUUACGACAAUAUGCAACAGAUCCUGACCUUCAACGUGAGUGGAAGAUGGCAAAGAAGGUUAACAAAUUGAGGCUUGCUGAAUAUAUUGAAACACUGAGUGGUGUAAAGGUUAGUUUAGAUGCAAUGUUUGACGUCCAAGUAAAACGAAUCCAUGAAUACAAGAGGCAACUGCUGAACAUUUUGGGUGUGAUCCAUCGAUUUGACUGUAUAAAGAACAUGAGUGCAAGCGAUAAGGGGAAGGUAGUGCCUCGCGUUUGCAUAAUUGGAGGAAAAGCUGCCCCAGGUUAUGACAUCGCUAAGAAGAUUAUCAAACUUUGUCAUGCUGUAGCUGAUAAAAUUAACAAUGAUGCUGAUGUUGGGGAUCUCCUGAAAUUGGUUUUUAUCCCGGAUUACAAUGUCUCUGUAGCGGAACUGGUUAUACCUGGCAGUGACUUGUCGCAGCACAUAAGCACGGCUGGACAUGAGGCUUCUGGAACCGGCAGUAUGAAGUUUUUGAUGAAUGGAUGUUUGCUGCUGGCUACAGCGGAUGGAUCAACAGUUGAAAUAAUGGAAGAAGUUGGGGCAGAAAACAUGUUCAUAUUUGGUGCAAAGUUGGAUGAAAUUCCAGCACUGCGUGAGAAAGGAGCUUCCCUCAAAGCACCUCUUCAGUUUGCCAGAGUUGUUAGGAUGGUGCGAGAUGGUUACUUUGGCUUCGAAGACUACUUCAAAUCAUUAUGUGACACACUGGAGGAGGAGAAAGAUUUCUACCUCCUCGGCUAUGAUUUCACCAGUUAUCUAGAGGCUCAGGCUGCAGCUGAUAGAGCAUUUGUUGAUCAAGAAAAAUGGACACAAAUGAGCAUUCUCAGUACAGCCGGCGCUGGAAAGUUCAGCAGUGAUCGGACGAUUGAAGAGUACGCGAAGCACACUUGGGGAAUUGAGCCCUGCAAAUGCCCCUUUUGA